GAGAAGAUGGCGGAGGAGGAGUUCUCCAACACAACCCAUGAGAGCCUCAACUUUACCUUUCACACUACCCUGGGUGUUACCACGAAACUGGUGCUCCCGACACCUGCCAAGCCCAUCCUUCCGGUGCAGACUGGAGAGCAGGCGCAGCAGGAGGAGCAGUCGAGUGGCAUGACCAUCUUCUUCAGCCUUCUUGUCCUAGCCAUCUGCAUUAUCCUGGUGCACCUGCUGAUCCGGUACCGGCUGCACUUCCUGCCUGAAAGCGUGGCUGUUGUUUCUCUAGGUAUUCUCAUGGGAGCAGUUAUAAAAAUUAUAGAGUUUAAAAAGCUGGCAAAUUGGAAGGAAGAAGAAAUGUUUCGUCCCAACAUGUUUUUUCUUCUCUUGCUUCCUCCUAUCAUCUUCGAGUCAGGGUACUCACUGCACAAGGGGAACUUCUUCCAGAACAUUGGCUCCAUCACCCUCUUUGCUGUCUUUGGAACGGCAAUCUCUGCUUUUGUAGUAGGCGGAGGGAUUUACUUCCUGGGUCAGGCUGAUGUAAUCUCUAAACUCAACAUGACAGACAGUUUUGCAUUUGGCUCCCUGAUAUCUGCAGUCGACCCAGUAGCCACUAUUGCAAUUUUCAAUGCACUGCACGUGGACCCCGUGCUCAACAUGCUGGUGUUUGGAGAAAGCAUUCUCAACGAUGCAGUCUCCAUUGUCCUCACCAACACUGCUGAAGGUCUAACAAGAAAACACAUGUCGGAUGUCAGUGGGUGGCAAACCUUCUCACAGGCUCUUGACUACUUCCUCAAAAUGUUCUUUGGCUCCGCAGCACUUGGCACACUGACUGGCUUGAUUUCAGCAUUGGUGCUGAAGCACAUUGACCUGAGGAAGACACCUUCCCUGGAGUUCGGCAUGAUGAUCAUUUUUGCUUACCUGCCAUAUGGGCUGGCAGAAGGGAUCUCGCUCUCAGGCAUCAUGGCUAUCCUGUUUUCUGGCAUUGUGAUGUCACACUACACACACCACAACCUCUCCCCAGUCACCCAGAUCCUCAUGCAGCAGACCCUCCGGACCGUGGCCUUCCUGUGCGAAACAUGUGUGUUUGCAUUUCUUGGCCUGUCCAUUUUUAGUUUCCCUCACAAGUUUGAAAUUUCCUUUGUCAUCUGGUGCAUAGUGCUGGUACUGUUCGGCAGAGCUGUCAACAUCUUCCCUCUGUCCUACCUGCUGAACUUCUUCCGAGAUCACAAAAUCACCCCCAAGAUGAUGUUCAUCAUGUGGUUCAGUGGCCUUCGAGGGGCCAUCCCCUACGCGCUGAGUCUGCACCUGGGCCUGGAGCCCAUGGAGAAGCGUCAGCUCAUUGGCACCACCACCAUUGUCAUUGUGCUCUUCACCAUCUUGCUGCUGGGUGGCAGCACCAUGCCCCUCAUCCGCCUUGUGGAUAUCGAGGACGCCCGGGUGCGCCGAAGGAGCAAGAAGGAUGUCAACCUCAGCAAGACCGAGAAGAUGGGCAAUGCCAUCGAGUCAGAACACCUGUCUGAGCUCACUGAGGAGGAAUACGAAGCUCACUACAUCAGACAGCAGGACCUCAAAGGCUUCAUGUGGCUGGAUGCCAAGUACCUGAACCCCUUCUUCACACGGCGGCUGACACAGGAGGAUCUCCACCAUGGGCGCAUCCAGAUGAAGAGCCUCACCAGCAAGUGGUAUGAGGAGGUCCGCCAGGGACCGUCGGGCUCUGAGGACGAUGAGCAGGAGUUGUUCUGAAGCCACAGUACCCCGGGCCUGGAACAACAUGCCUCAUGCAGCCUCCUCAAGACAAGGUGGUAGGCCAAGGGCUAGUUUUACAU